UCCGCUCGCGAGCGCUGCACUUUGACAGGAGGAAGAAGUGUUUCCUCUUUUGCUAUUCUUCUCACUUAAACUAUUAUGAUCGAGGGCUUGCUUCCCGUUCCCCGGAGAUGAAAGGUCUGUGACCCCCAACCUUCUGCAGCAGGAUGGAGGGAGACUCCCAGAGGGCCGCCGUGGCCUGGGACGCUGCGUCUCUCUCUGUCGUGGAGCGACUUCGCUCUGAGAGAUCCGAGAGUCCAACGCCUGGUCUCGUGGAAGGAACGGAACCAGGCGCUGGACAGCAGAGUGCAAUUUUUGUCCAUUCCCAGUCCUUUGAGGAUUUGACUGCUGAGACUGAUGAGGAGGUACGCGAAGAACCAGGGUCAAGCCAGGUUGAAGAGUGUGAGGAGAAGCUCCAAGUUUUGGUGCUGGACCAAGAAGUUGAAGAACAGCAUGCCAACAACAUUUCACCUGACAUCAAGGCUAAGGAUGAAGACAUUUCCAGCGAGGCGUGGAGGAGUCAUAAGAAGCACAUGUUUGUCCUGAGCGAGGCCGGGAAGCCCAUCUAUUCCCGCUAUGGCACAGAGGAGGCUCUUUCUAGCACCAUGGGUGUGAUGAUGGCUCUUGUGUCCUUUGUGGAGGCUGAGAAGAACAUCAUCCGCUCCAUCCAUGCAGACGGGUGCAAAGUGGUGUUCCUGACCAGAAGCCCACUGGUUCUGGUGGGCGUGUCUCACACUUGCCAGUCAGAGAAGGAGCUCCUGCGUGAGCUGCAGUACAUCUACUACCAGAUUGUCAGCCUGCUCACUCUCACCCAGCUCAAUCACAUCUUCCAGCACAAACAGAACUACGACCUACGGCGUCUCCUGGCCGGCUCCGAGUACCUCACAGAUAACCUCCUGCAUCGUCUGGACCGAGAUCCGGGUUUGUUGCUCAGUGCUGUCACCUGCCUGCCUGUGGCCAGCUCUGCCAGAGAUGUGGUCUCCUCCAGCUUGCAAGCUGCCAAGUCCAAAAACUUGGUGUUCUCAAUUCUGCUGGCCGGAGACCGUUUGGUGUCCCUGGUGCGCAAAAAGGACCAGUUCUUGCAUCACAUCGAUUUGCAUUUGGUCUUCAACCUUGUUGGUUCUUCAUCAUCAUUCCGGGAAGGAGAAGGCUGGACGCCCAUCUGUCUGCCCAAGUUCAACACUGCAGGAUUCUUCCAUGCUCACAUUUCCUACUUGGAGCCUGCGUCAGAGCUCUGCCUGAUCCUCGUCUCCACCGAUCGAGAGGACUUUUUUAACAUGUCCGACUGCAAACAGAAGUUCUUGGAGAGACUGAGCAAGCGCAGUGCCUACCAGACUCUGAAGGAGGCGCUAAAAUGCCCCAGCUAUUCUGUAGAUCAAGUUGGGAUUCCAGAGCUCCGGCACUUUCUUUACAAAUCAAAGAGCUCUGGCUUGUACACCAGCCCGGAGUUUCCUUUGAUGUAUGAGUCAGAUGAGGAGCAGGAACGACUCUUGGGUUUGUACCAGAACCUCCAUAGCUGCCUCCAUCAUCCAACCAGACCACUACGCACCUUCUAUCGCUGUGGAGAACGAGAGAACAUGAUGGCAUGGAUGACGAGUGGCUUUGAGCUGUACCUCUGCUUCAGCCCCCUGGGGACAAAAGCUUUGGCAGUUUCAUCCGUCAACAAACUGCUGAAGUGGAUCAGGAAAGAGGAAGAUCGUCUCUUCAUCCUCAGCCCACUGACCUACUGAGUUUUUGCUGCUCCUACAACUGCUGAGCUCAAACAAACACUGGAUCAAUGAGCUGCUAAACAACUGACUGCAUAUGCCGUUUUAAACCAUGUCACACUCCGCCUGGUGUCGCAGAUCAUCUUUUUUAGACUGCUUUGAAUCGGUCCCUUAUCAAGUACCUUUUUAUAGAAAUUCAUUUUCAACCAAAUUGAAAUCAUUGCUAUUGAUUGUGCCUUGUUUUGUUUUCUAGCAAAAACAAAGAUUUCUCGAUCAAUAUUUGAUAGAAAUAAGAUGAGUUCAGGUGUUACAUCAGUGCGCAUGUAUCAUCAGUGCAAAACUAGUGCAUCAUCGUUCAUCAGCAUGAGUCAAAAAUAGACAUGGGAUUUUCUAAAACAAACACACGGCAGGCUUUUUAAUAACUUAAAGACGCUCAUACAUACUGGAUCUUUUAUCUUUUUAGAUAGAACAUUUUCAUUGAUAAAACAAACUCCAUGUUAUAAAAACUCAGCUAUACAAUUCUGGGAGUGUCUGAUGGUGCUAGUGGAGGAAUUCACAAUUCUCAUUUUAAACUUGUGAAUGACCUUUAUGUUUCAGUUAUUUGUAUUUGUUUUAUUAUUAAUUAUAUAAUCUAUAUCAAUCUCUUAAUUUAAUAGUUUCAUUUGAGCUAUCAUGUUUCGAAAUGCCAACCAAAUAAGUGACUCAUAAAUAUCAUGUGCCGUAACUUUAAUGCAUUUUUUACUUCUGAAAAGAAGUUUUUCUCACCAAAAUAUGCACAGUGUAACAUGCCACUGUGUUUCAGCGCUUCUUCUUCUUCUUUGUUUAAUUUUUAAGAUUAAGAAUAAGAGUAUUUUCACUAGGUAAUUUGUUCAGUUAGUUUAUCAAAAUGUCAAAAAGUGCAAUCAUAUUUGAUCCUGCAGCCUCCAGACAGCUGUUAAUUUAUACUGAAAAUUGCUUCAAAAGCCAAAUCGAGCCUGAGCACAACUAUGGUGCC